AUGAAAUCAGAGAAGGAGAAAUCCCUCCUUCGGAAAUCACGACCGCUUCGCGAUCAGAGUGGUCGAUGGGCCAACGAAGAGCAUAGCACGAGGGUAUCGGGCGGAAAAGGCGUGUACAGGCGUCGAAAACAUGACAUUGCCCACGCUGCUGCCCCUUUUAGAGGAAAAGCUUCGACCGCAGCAACGAUUGCUUCUCGAGAAAGACUCCUGAGCGCACAGAAUUUUAAGGCGCUCAAGUUAGUAUUAAGCUCUAUGCCACUGAGGAGUCAACAGGACCUGCCUGCGGCUAACAGCUUUCGCUCCUUCAUUUCGAGUCUCCUUACUGUUUCCUACAGUAUGAAGUUGACCGCAGUCAUUUUGGCCGUCUUCUUGUCCGCCGCCACGGCCAACGCCAGUGUCAUCAACCACGGCGGCAACCACGUCGCCCGACACGCCGCCAUUGCCCGUCGCUCAGCUCCCACCAGCCUUGAGAGCAGUGCUACCAAGGCGCCUCCCGCUCGCAGCUCUCCUGCUCAAACUCCCGAACCAGCUCCCACCCCUGCGCCUGCUCCCGCUCCUGCCCCAGAGCAGCCCCCGCCACAGAACAACAACAACAACAACAACUUCAAUGGCGGCGGUGGUGGAGGAGGCAACGGUGGUGGAAUGCUCUGGCGCGACACUUGCGGUGGUUCUCGCCCAAGUGCUCACACCACUAGCGAGAGCGGUGUCAACGGUCACAUCGACUGGCUCAACUGUGGUGUUCACAGCCCUGGAGGAUGGCAACCACCUUACAUUUCCCUUGGCGAGUUGAACAUGAGGCCCCUCGGUAGCGCUUUGGAAGAUCCCAACAGCCCCUUCCAUGCUUGCCGCGACUUCAUCUGGAUCUUCGAGCAAGUCGGUGGAGAGUUCGGCAUUCCUCCUAUCAUGCUUGCCUCGUUCGCCAUGCAAGAGAGCUCUUGCCGCCCCGACACUGUUGGUGGAGGUGGCGAACAAGGUUUGAUGCAAAUCACCCAAGACAAGUGCGGUGGCGCUCCCGGUGGUAACUGCAGGGAACCUUUCUUCAACAUCCGAACUGGUGCUCGCUAUUUCGCCCAGACCUUGGCUGCCAACAACGGUGAUGUUUUGAUUUCCCUUGGCCAAUACAAUGGCUGGAACCGUGGAAUGACCUUCGAGCGUGCCACCGCCGCCCGCUACUCUGCUUGCUGCAGGUGCCAGAACAACCUCGACUAUCUCCACCAAUUCUUGAACGGCUGGUGCCAGAACAUCAACGCCUACAACAACAACAACCGUCUUGGAAAGUACUUCAACCUCGACGUCUGCUAA